GGGAGUAUUUAAACACUAUGAAAAGGGCAGACUCAUAACACUUAGCAGCACCUCUCUAUCACAGGAUGCUCGGCUCAAGCUUGAUUCUUCUCUACUCUGCAGCAGCCACAGGGGUUCUUUGCAGCAUGGAGCCCCCCUCUCUCCCACCACUCAACUUGCACAUUAGGACAAAAAGAUGUUCCUGCAACAACUGGAUGGAUAAGGAGUGUGUGUACUUCUGUCACUUGGAUAUUAUCUGGGUAAAUACAGGAGGACAAACUCUCCCUUAUGGUCUGGGGAACACCCAACAACGUCGCAGAAGGUCAGCCCCACGCUGCCAGUGUAGAGAUGCUACAGAUGGGAACUGUCUCAAAUUCUGCCGCUCUGAGGCCAGGGAUUUUGCUGCAAAUCAGUCAGAGGGAGAAAAGGCAGUAUUGCCAGGAAAAGGUUUCCAAAAAGCAAAGACGUCUCAAGGUCGCCUGUUGCGUGCACUUCGGAAGGCCAUAGCUAAAAACAUGCAAACUGCAGAUGCCUCAUCACAGCAUUGGUUUUCUAUGACAAGGAAGAAAAAGCGGUAGAUGGUAGAAGCAGCAAGAGAGAGUGAGAGACUUAUAAUUGCUUUGAUGAGCUCCAAAGAUGAAGGAAUAAUACAGCCCCCAGUAAAGGAAGGUGUCCUCUUCGCAGGAGACUGCAUUAGGCUGUUCAGCCAUAUUCUGGAGAGAGAUAAAACAAUUCUCUUAUCUUUGUUCUUGGAUAUCAAAAGAGUUUUGAGGAUUGUAGACAUAUAUGAUCGCAAAUAUAAGGCUAUGAAUCUGCCUCUGAGUUUGGAUGACUGUGAAGGAGCUAAACAGUUUUAAAGGUCCUCUCUAAAACACACAUUUCUCAGUGCUAUACUGGAUGUGUUGUUUUUGCUGAGGUCCUGGAAUAACAUCUAGUGAGAAUGACAAUGCACCAUUUAAUAUUUAUUUUUAUGUCAUACAGUAGUUUGUACUGGACCAUACAUGGAACUACAAGAUUUCCUUCCCAGGAAGAUAUAAGGAAGAAAGAUUCUCUGGACUGGAUUGGUUUACUGCUGGAAGUGGGCAAGCAAAUCAGCUAGACUACUAGUUGAUGUUUCAGCACCAUGGACUUGUGACCAUGUUUCCUGAUGACUUCCAUUGUGAUUGAAAACAUUAUGUAAUCUUGGAUGCAGCUGUCACCAAAUAAUCUAUCUCCUCUGAUAUUGGAAACAUGUUUAAAUGAUGGAGAAAAUAUUUGCUUUAUUUAUGGUAUCCGUAAACACGUAAACAAAUCCUAGGCUUUUAGGUAAAGAAAAUGGUUAAGUCUAUGGAACAUUUUGGGAUAUUCUGAGAAUUUCUAGAUCUCCAUGGUAUAAUAACUAAUCGAGGCAACCACAUGCUAAAAGACAUACACUUUUUUGUAUCAACAUACAUACUCAUUCUGACAAACUGCAUUUCAUGUUCUCUUCUUUGUUUUCAGUAACACACUUUUUAGCCGACACAUACUGUAGACACACACUUUAAUCUAGGUUUUCUAAGGCUGGAGAGGGAGUCCUCAUAUUCUGUGUCCAUAUAUUUAAUUAUAAACAGACCUGCAUUAUAUUUCACUUAGAAAGUUGUGGGCUCGGCCAUCAAACACUCAUCAAACACUAAAUACAUUUUAUAAGUAUAGUUUUGAGGCUAUUACCCGCCUUCCUCUAGUCGUAGGUGCCACCAAGUUGAAAUCUAGCUAUCACUGCAGCGACUCUCUUUCACAUGCUUGCAGUCAAACCUAGGUUUCAAAAUGGCAGCAUCCACAAUAAGAUAGUGGUGCAUAAAAUGUACAUGUUGUACAGUGUUUGAUGUCCCUUUAAUCAUAAAUUUCCUAAAAAAAUAUCUACACAAUAAACUUUGAUGUUUAAAUCUUGGUUUAAUUUAAAUUCACAUCUAUUAUUUUUAACAAUCAUAAUCUGGUUUGUAAGCACUGCUUAAUCUUAUAUGUAAAACAUGCAUAGGUAAUUAAGUAUACAUUAUAUUUCCCCGGCAAGAGCAUGUUCUAAGCAGAGUAAAAGUAAGUAAUAUCCAUUAUAGUGAUUAUUAAAAGGGUGUAGUGAAUUUAGGACAUUUUCCCUCAACUUCUGUUUUCAGGUACUCAUUACAGACCACAUUUAAAUAAAAAAAAAAAUCCUACAUGAUAAAGGCCCUGCUAUGGUGUAAUGUAAAGUACAUAUUUACCUUCUGGAAAAACUGAGGACAUCUCUGCCUACAUUUUUUCUGGCCUCUGAAUGUACUCUCCCAAACAUUAUGAAGGUGAGGACCAAAUUGGAGCUUGGAGAUUAGAACCAGCAUAUUUAGAGAGUAGUGGAAAACAAUGGAGGAAACAAUGGAGGUAAAUGUGGAACACUUAGGGACCAAUUAUCUAAACUUUGCCAGAUCAGACCUGUUUUUUUUACACUGACACUCGCGGGGACUGACCUGGUGGAAAUAUCUUAAAAAAGGGGAAGUCCCUGUGAGUGGCGAGAUGUCUUCUAUAGAAUGGGGCUUGCUGAAAAGGGAAACUAAGUUAGCAGUGAGCAGGGGGCACACUUUAAAAAUUAAAUCAUGCAGCCAAUGUUAAGUUUUUUUUAUAAAAUAUGAUUUUUUGAUGAACAAUUUUUUGUUACGGUUUUUGAUGCACAUUAACAAUACAAUUUUGUCUUGUGUAUUUUUAUGUGAAUGGUUCAAUUAUUUGUUUUGUAUGAUUUUUAAAUUACAAAUUUUUAUUGUGCA